AAAUCCACACCGACUGUGGGGAGAUGAUACGACGCGUCUUAACAUACAGUGUUUUGGGCGCCAGUGCCGUUGGCACCGGCCUUAGCCUACACACCAAUGAUUACGACAUCAAUUCGUUGGGAAUUGUACGGCUGAGCCGUUCCGCCGUGGCUGUCAUCGAUGUGGCUAUGACGUAUAAACGGGAAUUGUACUAUCGUGAAUGGGAUAAAAAUUCCGCAGAAUAUAAGGCCGAGAAAAGUCGGGUACAUACAAUGGCUGCAGAACGGUUGCUACAGCUGAUAUGUGUCAAUAAGGGAGUCUACAUUAAGGUGGGUCAACACAUCGGAGCCCUGGACUAUUUGCUGCCCAAGGAAUUUGUACAAACCAUGAAGGUGCUACAUUCAAAUGCCCCCCAGAAUCCCAUAGAGGAUUUGUAUAAGGUGAUCAAACAGGAUUUGAAACGUAAUGCCGAGGAUAUAUUUGAUGAUUUUGAAAGGGAACCGCUGGGAACGGCAUCUUUGGCUCAGGUCCAUAAGGCAAAAUUGAAGACGGGUGAAGUGGUGGCCGUCAAGGUACAACAUCCCUAUGUUAAGGGCAAUUCCCGUGUAGAUAUGGCCACCAUGGAAUUGGCGGUGAAAGUGCUGGCUCUGAUUUUUCCCGACUUUAAAAUCCAAUGGCUGGUCGAUGAAUCGAAAAAGAAUUUACCCAUCGAAUUGGAUUUCCUCAAUGAGGGUAAAAAUGCCGAAAAGGUACAACAACAAUUUCAAAAAUACAAAUGGCUCAAGAUACCUCACAUCCAUUGGGAUUUUUGUUCACCACGCGUCCUCGUAAUGGAAUAUAUUGAGGGUGGCCAGGUCAAUGAUUUGGAGUACAUUAAACGCAACAAUAUCGAUCCCUUUUCCAUUGCCAAUAAAAUUGGUCAACUAUAUUCGGAAAUGAUAUUUAAUACCGGGUUUGUACACAGUGAUCCACAUCCGGGUAAUAUAUUGGUACGCAAACAACCGGGUAAGGAAGUGGAAAUUAUCCUGCUCGAUCAUGGGCUGUAUGCAAAUCUCACCGAUAAAUUCCGUUAUGAUUAUUCGAAAUUAUGGUUGAGUAUCCUGAGUGUGGAUCGUGUGGGUAUGCGUAAAUAUUCUCAGAAUCUGGGUAUAAAAGGUGAUCUAUAUGGGCUGUUUGCAUGUAUGGUGACGGGAAGGCCGUGGGAGACACUGGCGAAGGGUGUAAAUAAAGUCAAAUAUUCCAAAGAGGAGAAAGAUACCCUGCAACAAAACACCUCACUUGUACUACCUCACAUCUCGGAUGUCCUCGAGCAGGUCGAUCGUCAAAUGUUGCUGAUUUUAAAAACAAAUGAUUUAAUACGCGGCAUCGAAUCAACGCUACGCACACAAAAUCGUAUGACCGCAUUUUGGGUUAUGUCCAAAUGCUGUCUUCGCUCGUCAUUUGGCGAAGAGAAAUCUGUGGCAAAAACUAAGUCAAAGCGAUUGGGACUCAUAUUACGGGAACGAUGGGAAAUAUUUAAAUUAAAUGUCUAUUAUUUAUAUUUGGGUCUAAUUAAUUUUGGACUAAUGGCUGCCAUUAAGGAGUUGCUAUGACAUUAAAGAGCAGGAC